AAUUGGGACAUAUCAACCAAGAUGAAAACUGAAAUAGUGACUUUGUUGUUGGUCCUGUACCUAAUACAAGGCAAAGCUGAUAGCACGACAACGAAUUCGACCUCCGAAUCAACUACAGUCUCAACUACAUCUGUCAGCACUACAAUAGAUUCGAAUACAACAGCUACGGCUACAAUUAGCAAUACCACUACAAAUUCUACUACAACUUCAACAGAAGCAUCCAACGCUACUUCAACUGAAAUAACUAGUACAACCACAACGCUAACAUCCGAAACAACUACAACUGUAGCUCCAAAUACGACUUCAACUACAGAAUCAAACUCGACAACAAUUACAACUGCAAAUCCAAACACCAAUACAUCAACAACCUCUGCUAUAGUUACAACAGAAUCCUCAAAGACGGCUUCAAUUUCAGCGUUAAAUCCGGCCCAUCUUGCGUGUCUCUUAUUUAUGAUUUUCAUAGUUGUUGUAGCGUAAUGAUUUUUGAAAGGUAUUCAAUGUUACCAAUUAAUAAGCGAUAUUUCUCAGUUUGAGCCAACAAGGCUGUCUUUAUUGAGAAGACAAAAUUGUUCUAAUUUUCAUCUAAGCCCCUCUUUUUUGUAUAUUUAAUAUAAUGUUAUUAUUUAUAUUUCCCGUUCAUUGUUAAUUUUGUAUCUAUAAAAAGAUUUACUCACU